ACCACACCACUCACUUGCCAAACACCACCCUCCAUUUUUAUCAUCUUACCCUCCCACACCCGCGAUGAGCCUCUGAACAUUCACCUCCGUCAGUUUUGAAGCAUGGCCGUUCGAGCGGCGAAUAACUGCUUCAUCUUCCGUUCUUCUUCUCCUCCUUUCUUCUCCUUCGCCGCCACCCACUUCUCAUCUCGCUCCCUCACCUUCCACUCUGUCCCUCCCCAUUAUAAUUAUUAUUAUGUAACUCAAACCCGAACUCAAACUCAAACUCAAAGACGCUCCAUCCACACUCUCUUCGAGAGCGUUAUGGAAGAGCUCCGAACCGCGCGCAAACGCCGCCAGAAGCGUCUCGCUGCCGCCGCUUCCAUCAUGGGAUUGAUGAAGGAGGAGCUUGUAGAAGACAGACUUGUGAACCGUUCAUUGCAAAAGGGAUUGCUUUUGGAAUUCAAGAAGGAUUCUGAUAGAGUAUUGCUAGCAGUUGCUCAGAGACCCGAUGGCAAGAAGAAUUGGAUGGUUUUUGAUCAGGUUCUAGUAGAAACAACAUAAUGCGGCAUGUUUAAUAGAAUGGUGUCACUUCUUCCAUCAAGCCACAACAAGUGACGUAUAUUGUUCCCGGUAUUGACAAUUUCGAUCAAGCUGAUAUUGCAGAUUUUGCUCAGAAGGCUCAGGACAACAUGGAUCCAUCACUUCUUGAAUUUGCUUGGGUUGAGCUCCUUGAAAAGAAUAAGUCUGUGACAGUUGAAGAGUUGGCUGAGAUAAUUUUUGGCAGUUCUGAUCCGCUUGAGAGCUAUUCUGCUCAUCUUUUGCUGUCAAAAGAUGAAGUAUAUUUUACUGUGCUUGAAACUAAAGGAUCUCGUUCCAUUUAUGGACCUCGACCAAGUGAGCAGGUUGAGGAGCUUAUUCGUAGGAAGCUUGCCAAGGAGGCUGCUGUGAAAGAACUUCAGGAGUUUAUUGAAUUACUGACCUCUGCAAAGUCAAAGUCUUCUCAAGAUAAACCUCCAAAAUCUUCAUGGAUGGUUGAUGAGAAAAAUUGGGGCAGAAUUGAAUCACUUGAAGCAUAUGCUAUUGACGCAUGUAAAAAUGAUGAACAAAAGAAAACAGCUGGGAUGAUACUUAAGGAAAUGGGUCUGGCAAAAACAGCUUCUUCAGCUGUUAAACUUCUCAUAGAUAUUGGAUACUUUCCUGUACAUGUCAAUCUUGAUCUGUUGAAGUUGGGAAUUCCCACUGAUCAUUCAGAAGUAAUCAUAUCAGCAGCGCAAAGUGUUCUAUUAGACUCAUCUGAUCCCGAUGAGGUUAAUAGGAAGAAUCUUACUGAUUUAAAGGUCUAUGCCAUUGAUGUUGAUGAGGCUGAUGAGCUUGAUGAUGCUUUGAGUGCAACAAAGUUGCAAGAUGGUCGGAUUAAAGUUUGGAUACAUGUUGCAGACCCAACUAGAUAUGUUCAACCUGGAAGUAUUUUGGACAGGGAGGCUAUGAGAAGAGGAACUUCUGUUUUCUUGCCCACUGCUACUUAUUCUAUGUUUCCUGAAAAUCUUGCGAUGGGGGGCAUGAGUUUGAGACAAGGGGAGUUUUGUAAUGCUAUUACUGUAUCAGUUGUGCUGCAUAAUGAUGGCAGUAUUGCAGAAUGUUCAGUGUUUAACUCAUUGAUUAAACCAACAUACAUGCUGACUUAUGAGAGUGCAUCUGAGCUACUCCAUUUGAACCUUGAAGAGGAGGGUCAACUCAGAAUUUUGUCUGAGGCUGCAUACCUUCGUUCCAAUUGGCGUCGUCAGCAGGGUGCAGUUGAGACUGCAACAUUAGAUACUCGCAUUAAAGUGUCUAACCCAGAGGAUCCAGAGCCAUCAUUAAACCUUUAUGUGGAAAAUCAGGCAGACCCUGCAAUGCGAUUAGUCUCUGAGAUGAUGAUACUCUGUGGAGAAGCUAUUGCCACAUUUGGAUCCCAGAAUGGCAUUCCUUUACCAUACAGGGGACAACCCCAAUCAGAUAUAAAUGUUUCUGAAUUUUCUCAUCUUCCAGAAGGACCUGUUAGGAGCUUCGCACUGGUCAAAGUAAUGCGUGCUGCUGAAAUUGAUUUCAGGAAACCAGCCCGCCAUGGGGUUUUGGGAAUUCCUGGUUAUGUUCAGUUUACAUCUCCAAUUCGUAGAUAUUUAGAUCUUCUUGCUCAUUAUCAGGUAAAGGCAUUUCUUAAAGGUGAGCCUCCACCUUUUUCAGCUGGUAAGCUUGAAGGGAUUGCAGCAGUUGUAAACGAGAGAGUUAGAGCAGCGAGGAAGCUCUGCAGCAGUAGUCUUCGAUACUGGAUAUUAGAAUAUUUACGAAGACAACCAAAAGAGAAAACAUAUCGUGCAAUGAUCCUUAGAUUUUUGAAAGAUCGAAUUGCAGCCCUAUUAUUGGUUGAGGUUGGAUUUCAAACUUCUGCUUGGGUCUCUGUCGGAACACAGAUAGGUGAUGAAGUAUUAGUUAAGGUGGAAGAAGCACAUCCACGUGAUGAUAUUCUUUUUCUGAAGGAGGUUGUAAAAGACUGAGCUAGGAUACGUUUACGAAAAACUUUUUCGAUGUUCAACGAUUUAUUCAAAAGGGUGAACAGCUCUCUGUAUCCCUAGCGCACUCAGCUUGGCUGUUGGGAUGCAGUUUCUGUCUUUUGCAUGGAAGAGUUAUCACACUUCACUGGUGAACAUUUGGAACUCUGUCAAGCUGUUCAAAUCUUGGAAGUGUCAUUUCUGGCAGAGGUCAGGGAAGUUAUAGCCAGCAUAUCCGUCCUUCAACAUGCUGCUAGUGUACAGUACUUCAACCGGUCUCAUGAAGUUAUAGCUUUGCCCAUUCUGUUGAUUUGGUAAUGGUAUCAUAGUUUAUCACCAGAAGCAGCUUCCUUGUAUUCUUUUUCCUCUUUUCUUGGAAAUUCAUGGUUUAAGUAAUUUAAUUUUGCUUUGUAUAUGCUUUACCUUACAACUUUACAUAAAUACCUCAGCAAGUUUUCAUUGUUGUAAUCCAUUGUGCGGUAAUAAGAUCUAAAAGGAUCUAUGCCCCGUCAGAAAAAAAAAUUAAAAAAUCCAUGGAUCUAGACUUAAAGGAGGGAAUGGGGGUUAUUACGUUACACCCAAUCAACUCAAACACACCACUGUAAUUGUAUCAUGAAGGGCUAAAAUGCGGAAUGUUGAAUGGGAGCAAGUGAUGUUGCCCUUCCAAAUAAU